AUGACCGCAAACGGCUCGCUAAGCGAGAGGCCAGCCCCGCCAUCCAUGGCUGUCAUGGCCCUCAGCACGAGCCAGCGCCUUCAUGCGCCUUCGAGAUGUAUCGACAACCUCUACGAAACAUCAAAUUAUGCCGGUUCCUGGGUAUCCUCGACCGCUCACCAUGUCUUUGCGUAUACCUUCAGGUCGCACCAGCCAACAAAGCUAAACAGGGCCCGCCCGCCUUCUGCGUCAAUGGGCUGGUCCAUCUCACAAGAAGCAAACCCGCAGUGGCAGCCUACCGGGUCCAUGUUUGUGCCGGGACACCUGCGCCUCUCACGUCUCGACAAGGUGUGA